GCGCGACACGGUCGCCGCCACGUGCUUUUUACUCGCACAUAUCCUCGCUCGCCGUACGCGCGCGACAAGCAAAGAGUUAUACACGUAUAGUAUAGUAGAGAGAGAGAGAGAGAGAGAGCAGCAGCUGCGAUAGUGAGCACAGCAGCAUUUGAAUCGGCCCGCCGCGGACGCACCUGCGCAGCUAAGCGCUCGGCUCGGGCAUAGCUAUCGCACGCGAGAGAGAGAGGAUUCUCUCGCGGUGCUCCGAGACGCGCGCACUCGCCCGGCUGCUGUUUGUGCUCGCCGGUGUGUUUACCGUUGUCUGUGUGCUCCUCCUUUUUACACCAGUGCGACAUUCCCUGACUGUGUGCGCGUUGCACCUUCCACGUACUGCAUGUGUGACAGGGAUCGAUGCGUGGCGCCUUGGUGCACGUAGGCGCAGCAGGAUUAUCGCCGACUCCAGAGUGCAGAUCAGUGCGAAAGUGCAUCGUCUGAUCGAAAACAAAAGUCGAACAAGCCGGCAGUGAUAAAAGUCUCGUUAGCGUCAGCCGUACGACUACUGCAAGCGCUGCUGCACAGGGUAUUCGAUUGGCUCCGGGCGCGCCACCUGCGCCGGCUGAUUCCACGCACGGGAUCUCCCCUCUCUCGCGGACGUGCGCGCGUGUGCCGGAGGAGCUUCUUUAUCUUCGAAGCGCCUAGUCUCGUUCUCAUCCUGCUGACGGGAAUGACUCAAUAUGUCGCCUAAUUUCAGAGGAUCUUUGCCGCCGCUGCUUCUACUGCUGCUGCUGCUGCUAUGCGCUGCCGCGAGAGCCAGUCAGGAUUUCUUCGGAGAUAAAAAGGAGACGGAGUUCGACCUGCUGGAGGCGGCCGUGUCGCUGAUCGAUGACAAGAACCUCUACUUGACCGACGGCUACGAUGGCUUCAUGUCUUUCGGCUUCCGUCCGGGAUCCGAGGUCAAGCAGCCCUACCGGAUGUACCUGCCGGAGAAGCUGCCCUCGGAGUUCACCCUCGUCGCCUCGUUCAAGCCGUUCUCGGCGAAGAACAGCUACCUCUUCGCCGUACUCAACCCCUUCGAGACGGUCGUUCAGCUUGGCAUCCGCAUUUCGGACGGCCCGUCGACGAACCAGAACAUAUCCCUGAUCUACACCAACUCGGACAUGUCGACGGUCUCGGACGAAGUGGCCAAGUUCACGGUGCCCCGGCUGGUAAAGCGCUGGUCCAAGAUCGUGAUUCGGGUCACUCCGAACGAGGUCAUCCUCUACCUGAACUGCCACGAGAUGGCUCGGCAGAAGGUCACUAGGAUUCCGCUGGAGCUUGUGUUCGAUACAGCCAGCACGCUCUACAUCGCCCAGGCCGGACCUCACAUUCAAGAGAAGUACGACGGCCUCUUGCAAUCGCUCAAGCUACAUCUGGGCUUCCCUCAGGACCUCGUCAAGUGCAACGAAGAUUUCGAUUUCUAUUCAGGAGGAGACGGCUCUGGGGAUCACGAGUUGAUCAGCGGCUCGGGAGAAAUCGAUCCCGACGACGUACCUAUAGCCAGAGGCGACGACGAGGUCGAAAGCGAGGAGGUGAAGCCUCCACCCCUCAUAACACCGCCGCCGCCAAACCCAAACAGCAAGGAGGUAACGAAGGGAGAAAAAGGCGACAAAGGCGAGAAGGGCGAGAGCGUGAGAGGUCCGCCGGGACCGCCCGGCACAAGCUACGAUCUUAACGAUGAGGAAUGGAUAGCAAAGUUACCAGAAGGUCCACCCGGACCCAAGGGUGACCCAGGCGACUGCAGCUGCAAUGCGUCGGCCUUGCUCACCUCGUUCUCGAUGCCCAAGCUGAUGCACGGAGAAAAGGGCGAGCCUGGAACGCCUGGAAAAGAGGGAAAACAGGGACCACUUGGACUGACGGGCGCGGCAGGACCACCAGGCGAACGGGGUCAGCCAGGGCCUCAAGGCCCAAAAGGCGACAAGGGCGACUUGGGCAACACUGGUCCGGAAGGUUCCCAAGGCGAAAAGGGCGAGCCUGGCCGCGAUGGAGCUCCAGGCGAGAAAGGGGCCCAAGGCCCACCGGGCCCACCCGGAAAGGGUGAAUUCGCCGGUUACGACCCCAGCUGGAAGCCUCGAGCGAUCUACAGGACGGAGGGUUACGCCAUGCGUCCCGGACUUCCAGGACAGAAGGGCGACGACGGGAAACCCGGGCAUCCGGGUCCUAAAGGUGAGCCAGGCGUGCACGGAGCCAAGGGCGACAAGGGCGACGCUGGUCACAAGGGUAUGAAGGGUUUGCACGGGAAAGAGGGUCCCAGGGGUGUUCAAGGCGUGAAGGGUGAACCUGGCGCCCCUGGUGUGCCCGGUCUUCCUGGAGCCGUCGGUGAGGUCGGCCGUACCGGUGACAAGGGGGCCAAGGGCGACAUGGGUCCUGAGGGCAAAACUGGACCCGCGGGACCACCGGGACCACCUGGACAUGGUGGUGUCAGCGUCAGUGACGUCGUCGGCCCUGGCCGAGGUCAAAAAGGAGAGCCUGGCGAGCGUGGCUACAAGGGCGAUCUCGGACUCAAAGGCGAAAAGGGCGACAAAGGUGACUUCGGGCCCGCCGGUGUGCCCGGUAUCAACGGCAUUCAGGGGCCUCAAGGCGACAAGGGAGAACCCGGCAAGGACGGCUCGCCAGGUUUCCCAGGUACGCCAGGCAUGAAAGGCGAACGUGGUGAGAGGGGCCCACCGGGUGCAACGACGAUCGCGGGCACUGGAGACUACGUGACUAUCAAGGGUGAACAGGGAGCCAUGGGACCCAUGGGUAAACGCGGCCGCAGGGGUAGACCCGGUCCACCCGGUAACGAGGGCCCACCUGGUCCGCCGGGCCCCGAGGGGCCCCCUGGCAAACCUGGUAUCAAUGGCGAGAUCGGACUGCCCGGAUGGAUGAACAACAUGAAGGGUCGACCCGGCACGCCUGGAAUACCCGGCCUUUCAGGAUCAAAAGGGGAGAAAGGAGAGCCCGGAGCUCCAAGUCCUUACGGCUCGGCGCACGGCAUAAAGGGCGACAAAGGCGCGGACGGCUUCCCGGGUAUUCCCGGGGCGCCAGGCAUGCGUGGCCCUCCGGGCCCAGCGGGUCCACCGGGAGUGCCCUCACAGGGCAGCUACAUACCGGUGCCCGGGCCGCCCGGUCCACCUGGACCGCCUGGACCGCCUGGACCUGGUAUCGGCAAGAGCCACAUAUACGGCGAGCGAGAUUACUACGGCUCUAGGCAAGGACUGAGGAGCAGCAUGGACGAGUUGAAAGCUCUGCGAGAGCUUAAAGAACUGAAGGAACUUAAGGAGCAUCUGGGUGCUAACGCUGCAGCGACAAGGGGGCCUUUAGAAACUACAACGAAAAUUGUUCCAGGAGCAGUGACAUUCCAGAAUACAGAAGCAAUGACAAAAAUGUCGGGUGUUAGUCCUGUUGGCACACUCGCUUAUAUCAUAGACGAGCAGGCGUUACUAGUUAGAGUCAAUAACGGCUGGCAAUAUAUUCCACUGGGAACAUUGCUGCCGAUAACCACGCCUGCGCCGCCGACAACUGCAUCGCCACCAGUUAAUCCGCCAUUCGAGGCUUCUAAUCUGAUCAACCAGGUACCCGUAAAGGCAGACGGCACUAGCUGGUAUCCGAAAAUGCUGCGAAUGGCGGCGCUGAACGAGCCCUUCACCGGCGACAUGCACGGAGUUCGCGGGGCCGAUUACGCCUGUUACCGGCAGGCCAAGCGAGCCGGCUUGAAAGGCACUUUCCGAGCCUUCCUCAGCUCGCGAGUUCAGAACGUCGAUAGCAUCGUCAGGCUUGGUGACCGCGAUCUGCCCAUCGUCAAUGUUAAGGGUGACGUUCUUUUCAAUUCCUGGAAAGAAAUGUUCAACGGCAACGGAGCCUACUUCUCUCAGAACCCACGAAUCUACAGUUUCAACGGCAAGAACAUACUCUCGGACUUCACAUGGCCACAAAAGGUAGUCUGGCACGGCUCGCACACCCUUGGCGACCGAGCAAUGGACACGUACUGCGACGCUUGGCAUUCGGGCAGUUCCGACCGCUACGGUCUCGGCUCACCCCUAACCGGUGGUCGUCUCCUGGAACAGGUUCGUUACUCGUGCGACAACAAGUUCGCCCUGCUCUGCAUCGAGGUGACGAGCGAACAGACCAAGCGACGUCGACGUCGACGUUCCCUCGACGAAGACGAGGACGAGGAAGAGGAGGACGUCGACGAGGAGGACGAGAGUCUCCUGACCGAGGCUGAAUACGCCGAGCAACUGCGCCAGCUUUUUCACGCCGAUUGAGCUGGUCGUACUACUUACUGGACGAUAAAUACGUCGUUUGCGUAAUGAGGGAUGUGUAUCUGUGCCAGUGCGUAUGUGUGCACGCGUGUGUGUGUGGUGCGAAUAUAGGGACGAGGGAUAAGGGAGGUUACUGUAUGGGUGUGUGCGCAAGUGUAAAUAUGUCUUACUGCAUAUCGGAGGCUCGAGGCCGACCCUUUUUUAAUUAUUUCGAUUCAUUGUUUUGAGGUGACAUGAGGAAGCUAGUUGGGAAAUUUUAGGUACUCUAACAUUAUUGACCGGAUGCUUAUGCUCUGCGAUUACGAGAUCGUAUCGUUAAAAGAGACCUUGUACGUAUCUACUUUGAUGUUUCAUUCUGAAUUGAGAUUUAUGCAUUAAGUGACCGAUCGAUAUAUGGGAUACGUUUAAAAUAGUAUUUCUGAACAAUGGAUUUCACACAAAGUUAAAUUAAUCAUUCAAACUGACAGCAUUCUUUUAUGAGAAUCGAUCCUUGUGGCGCAGUGCCACGACAUCUAUAAAAAUAACAUUCGAUCAUUGUUUUAAAGAAGCCGAUAUAAGCACGUAUAAACAUAGAAUAUUAGAACAGCUUUUGCUAACUCAUUCCUUCAGUUUUAUCUCUAAAGACUGAUCGUUAUAAAUAUCUAAAAGGGUAAUUGCGUUCCGUUAAAGGUGGAAUUUAUACAUGAUUAUCGAACUACUUAAACUAUGCGUUCGGAUCUAAUAAUGUUUAAUUAGCAAAGUAAAUUUUUUCAGAGUUCAGUUUGCGAAGUGUAAAACAAUAAAUCCCUACUAAAUUACUUCGACUAUAGUUCGCGUAGAUCAAUUUAAAAUGAAGUGCGGUUAAAAACCAUUAUGGGUAUUGUAUGGAAGAGAGCUUACCAAAGCUUAUCGUCUGAAACAAAAAGGUUGACUUUCUGUAUUUUUAAAUAUUCGCGGUACCGUCUGCACAAAUGAAGUAACGAUAUGUAGGUGUAUUCAGAAGCAAAUCAAACGAAUAAUCGUUCUAAAAUCUAUCACGAAGUAAUUCUCGACCAAAUUACUGACGACUGUAAAUUGAUAAUAAUCAUAUAUAAAUUCUUAAGGCCGUGAUUUAUCAUCUUAUUGACUUCUCAAUUGACAAAAAAAAAUCAAGCUCGCGCAAUUCUGAACCCAAUUUUAUAUAUAUACACGACUGCUGUAGUAUAAUUUCAGCUGUAAGAGAUUUCGGAAUGGCGCGAUGCUUUAUACGAUAUCUCAUUAAGUGUUUCCCUCGUCACGAUGAACGUCCAGUAGGUACUUAAACGCACUACUACGUCGAAGAAGAAAAAAAAUGAUUAAAAUGAAUUAAAAUAUAAAAAACUCUUGCCUCCUCUUUCCCCAUGAACACAUAUCUUGUGCAAAUCGUAACGUACUGUCUAGAAAAUAGUUACAACCUUCAUAGCUAAGUAAUCCACAAAGUAUCCCGGGUAAAAAACAAUACAUGUAUAAAUUACACUUAGGUUAUCUCAAUCAUAACGUAUUCAAGAUUAUUUGUAGGAUUCAGCAUCGACAGGUAUUUAAAAAGCAAUUUCCUUUGUUACAUCCACACGUAAACGUUUAAUAAGUCAUUUCGAAACAUAUCGAAUGCAAGCAGAUAAAAAAUUAAAUCUAACUACUAUAUAUGCGUACAUCCAAGUGUAUUUAUAUACAAUUUUUUACCCAGGCUGCAAAAUACGAAACCAUAUCCAUAUCAGCGCAUAUGAGUGUGUGUUAGAUGUUAAGGUACAACACGAUCUUUCGAUAAUUUUCUUCGUUAUAAAGAAUGCCAAUGUUAUCAAAGAGCAAUCGUCUAUGUUUAUAUACGAGACAUUCAAUUUAGACACAAUUUUUUUCGUUAAGAUAAAUAUUGAUGUGCGAGUUUUUAAGUUUUUAUAUUUGUAUGCGCGAAUGCGUUUUUUGAGAUGCGUAAAGCUUGUGUUUUUUUCAUUAAUAAUAUAAUUUAAGUAUGAUGCUAUAACUAAUUUUUGAAAAUGCUAUUGAGACUAAUCACGAUUCAGUACGAUCUUAUUUUCGUUUCAAAUCUAAUUUUACACGAAUGCGAGAUGGGCAUGAAUUAUAUACCAUAUUGACAUGUUUCUCAAUAGUCUGGCCUAAAUUGGAGUGAUGGUGUGCAAGAAGAUAUUGUAAUUUUUUAUACAUGUAACUGCCAAGAUCCAGUCAUUUUGUCGAUUUAUUAAGUCAAGCGUUCCGUUUAGCUUUACACCGAAAAUAAAUCGAAUCUAAGUCAAUGUUUAUAAUUAAAAAUGUAAUAUACUAACAUAUAUAUCAGUACUAUUUAUUUCCUUUUUUUCACGCAUUUCAGUGAUCAAUGAUGAGUUUAAAUGAUUAAAAAACAUUAUAAAAGUUAGAUAACAUGAUAUACUUGUUUUGAAACAAAACAUUUUUUUAUGUAUUACAUCAUUGGUAAUCUUUUACAAAUUUGAAAAAUAAAACCGUUAUGUAUUGUCAA